AUGAACCACCAGAACAACAACCAGAAGGCCCAGAAGCAGUCCUCCGCCGCCCAGCAUGGCCAGGGUCACGAGCAGAUGGGUUGCGUCGCCGACAAGAACCAGUCUGCCCAAGAUCACGCCCAGACCCAGUCCGGUUCCCAGCAGCAGCAUGCCGAUCACCAGCAGAUGAACUCUGUCCUCCCAGCACCAGAACCAGAAGGCUCCUGCGCCACUGACAACUGCAAGGAUUCAAAGAGUAGCGGAAAGACCGACUGCAAGUAA